AUGUCUUCCUCCCCCCCUGAGGACAUGCCCCAAGAGCCUGGGCCUGAGCGCUCAAGCUCCAACUCCGUGAAGAAGAGAAGAAAGGGGCUGCCGAAGGAGGCCAGCAUCCGGGCCCUCACCAGGGCCGGGCACGGCGCCCUGCAGGCAGGCCGGAACCACGAGGCCUUGACCAACUUCCAGAAGGCCUUUCUCCUGGCCUCCGAGGCCCCGCACGCCCCGGCUGGCCCUGUUCUCCGGGCCUGCGCCUUCAACCUGGGAGCUGCCUACGUGGAGACUGGGGAUCCGGCCAGAGGCCUGGAGCUGCUCUUGCGAGCCCACCCUGAAGAGAAGGCGCAGGGUGGGGGCCGUGGUGACCAGUGCUUCAACGUGGCUUUGGCCUACCAGGCCCUGGGCGACUUGCCUCAAGCUCUGGCCUGGUACCACAGAGCCCUGGGCCACUACCAACCACAGGGCGAGCAGGGAGAAGCCCAGGCAAAAAUGGGAGCCUGCUACCAGGCUCUGGGGCAGCCCGAACUCGCAGCCCCCUGUCUGCAGGAGGCCAGUUGGGCUUAUGUCCAGGCAGGGCGGCCUCAGGCGGCAGCCCUGGCACUGGGGGCCGCAGCACGGUGCAUGCUGGAGGGCGGGCAGCAUGGCGUGGGUGAGGUCCUGCAGGUACUGCAGGACAGCUGGAAGCUUGCCGAGAGGAGCACCGAGCGGGAGUUUCUGGGGCAACUCUAUAAUGACCUUGGCCUGGGCUACUCCCAGCUCCGCUUGUUCCCACUGGCCGUGGAGGCCUUCCUGCAAGCCCUGCCCCUGUGCCGGGGGCCGAGGGAGGAAGCCACGGUGCUGAGAAACCUUGGGAUGGCCCACAAUGCCCUCGCCAACUACCAGGAGGCUCUGGAGUACCACCAGAAGGCGGCCGACCUGCAUGGCUCCCAGGGGCAGCGGUGGGAACAGGGCCGGAGCUUUGGCAGCCUGGCAUUUGCACUGAGCCAGCUGGGGGACCACAAGGCCGCCAGAGACAACUACCUUCAUGCCCUGCAGGCCGCCAGGGAUACCGGGGAUGUCAAGGGGCAGUGGCAAGCUUGUGAGGGUCUGGGGGCUGCUGCGGCCAGACUGGGGCAAUAUGACCAGGCCUUGACACACUAUAAGGAAGCGCUGGCUCAGUGCCAGAAGGAGCCGGCUUCUGUGAGACAGCGCCUGGUGGCCAAGCUGGCGGAUGCGAUGAGGACCCACUUGGCCCAGGGCGGCCUGGCGCAGACUCACAGCCCGCCCCUGGCUUCAGGGAGGCCCUUCCCAGCAGCAGGGCCCUCAGCCACUGUGCAGUGGGGGACUGCGGAUGGCCAUCGCAGCUCUGCCAGUGGGUGGGAAGGCGAAAGGUCUGAGAAUGACUUGGAAGAGGAUGGGUCGCCGACGGUUCCUGCCAUGUCUCGGUCUGGGAGGCUGGAGCGUCCAGGACCCAGGAGACAGCUCUCAUUUGAAGGCGCAGGCUCCUCCAGAGCGAAGCUCCCCGGCAUCGUGGUACCCAGUGGCCCUCAAGCCCAUAGUUCAUCCAAAUGGUCCAGAGAAGCCGGCAUCCGGCAUCCACAGAGGAGACCCACGGAGUCUGGCUUCUGCACCAUCACGUGACAAGGCUCUGCUCACCACGGCUCUGGCCUCUGUAGUCCCUCCUGAUACACAAGUGAAGAGACCUCUCCAAUUGUGCAGGUCCUUAAACCCUGUGUGGGCGUGCGCCACGCGAGGUCAAUGGCUGGGCUCCUGAGCAGGUGGGGAAGGGCGUCUGUAUGCUCCCCACUGGGAUUUUCUGGACUCCAUCAGCAAUCGGAAAAAUGACAAUAGCUCCUGGAUUCCCCUUUUCUUUUUGCAUCCAACCUCGUGAUUGCGAAGGUCCUUGUCAAUCUCUAAGAAACUGUGCCUUUUGGGGGGUCCCAUGGCUUUGCAAUCACUGACUCUCUUUAGACGUCCAUGUUCUCCUGUGCAGUGGGCAGAAGAAUAUCAUGGGGGAGGCAGUCAUUAUACCUGUCAUCUGUGCAGUCUUCCUCCUCUGUGAAGCCCCCCGGCAUACUGCUGGAGUCAGGUUUAUAGCCUGUAGAGCAGUGGUUCUUGACCUUCCUAACGCUGCAACCCUGUAAUACAGUUCUUCAUGUUGUGGUGAC